AUGCUUCUGAACUGUGGACAGCCGUUGCCUCUAUUGAGGCAUACAGACGUGCCGCCUCGAGUCAUAGAAAACUUUAUCCUCACUGGUUACCGCUUCCCAAACUACAGCCUGAAGGAUUGCUUACUGUCAGCAUUCAGACCUACCAAUGAAACUGGAAACUUCUGGACUCACUUCCUGCCAGUUUUCAUUUUUUCAUACUAUUUUGUGGAGGUGUUUGGUUGGGAAGGUGCGCCACAUGGUGACGAUCCAUUCUUUUAUCCACUUUGGAAUUAUUAUAUUGGGGUGUUCUGUCUGCUAAUGGCUAGCAGCAUGGCCCACCUGCUCAACUCAAUGUCUCUUGUGGUAAGGGAAGUAUGCUUCUUUGUGGAUUAUGGCACUAUCAGCUCCUACACGGUUGGCUCGUCACUGGCGUAUUACUACUACAUCCACCCUCGUGCAGGAAUAGUGGAGAUAGGAGGCCGAAAUGACUCCCAUAUGGACCUGAACCAUGAACCUGCCCAUUCUCCCAUAUCAUCACCCUUUGCAAUGCCAGAGUUCAGCGUGUUUUUUGAGACCUUCUACAUCCCGAGUGCAUGUGUUGUAGCAAUCAUUUGCGUCUUAUCUUGCUGUAAUACUCGCCAGAGGUGGAGGCAGUAUCGGUAUGUCAUCCGGACCUUUGUCUUCCUCCUCCCAUUCCUUGUCUCAUCCACGCCGGUUUUCUACCGCCUCCUCACUAGAUCGCCUUAUUCCCCCACCUCCUCCUCCUUCGCUGCUUCCACCUCCAUGCCCAGCUUCUUCUAUCGUCACUGCCUCUGGUUGCUGGUGUCAGCAGUCUUCAACAUCAGCAAGAUCCCUGAGCGCUUAGCCCCAGGGUGCUUUGACAUCUGGGGGCACAGCCACCAGUGGUUCCACUGCUGCACGUUUUUGUCCAUCCUCGAUGAACUCCACAUGAUCAAGACAGAGGUCAGGGCCAUGUUGCUCAGCCCGAAUCUGCUGCUACCCCCUGCCACCCUCGCCCGCCUACCUGGACCCACCAUAGCUUCCACCUACGGGGUAAUGUUCCUCCUCCAGACCACCAUCAUCUCCAUUAUUACGUGGUUCUCCUGGCAUGCCAACUGUAUUUAUGGACCACAGAGAGACCAGCUAGAAAAGGAACACCGCAACAAACACCUGAAAUGUCACUGAUCGCAAACAAGAUCCAUCUUUUUUUCUUCUUUUGUUUAACAUUCACUACUGUGAAGGAAGAUUUGCACAUGCAUACAGAGCCAUGCCACAAAGAGAAGCGCACAAGAAACAAUAAUUCCCUUCUGAUUUCAUGUCCCGCACAUGUCUCUACCCCGUUUGAGAGCGGUUUUCAAGCUCUCAUGAGGGGAAAUUGGGGUCAACGGGAGAUGAGAGGAUUAUAUUCUGAGCUCACCACAGGGUGUCUGUCUGGUUGAGUGGAUAUUGGAGGACCUUGCCAGUUUUUUCCCCUGACCUGCUCCAGCAUGUUCCACAAGGAUGUCUGAGCAGCGAGGACAAUAACUACCUCUAGGGACUCUACACUUGAG